AUGAUGAUGACUGGCCGUGUGCUGCUGGUGUGUGCCCUCUGCGUGCUGUGGUGCGGUGCCUGCGGUGGUGAACCAUCUGAACCACCUUCUCCAGCUCUUCCGGAUACUGCGCCCGAAAAGAAGCCUCAAAAGAAAGAAGGAGAGGCCGUCGUUGGAGGAGUUGACCAAAGCAGUAAAGAGGUAGCGCCUAAAGAACCCACACCAAAGGCGCCAGAAUUAAAGGAAGUGACAGAAAAAUCAUUACAGGAAAAUGUACCCGGAGGAGGAGCAUCAAAAGCGGCAAGUCCAACGACGGACAGCAUGGUUCAAAAUACAGAAGUUAAAAAUGAGGAAGAGGAAGACGAAGAGGAGAAUGAUGAGGAAGAAGAAUUGGAGGAAGGGGAAGAAGAAAAGGAAGACGGAGAGAACGAAGAUGAAGAACACAAAGAGGAUGAUACGAAAGAAAAGGGGGAUACAAAGAAAGAAGAAGCUGUUACCGGCAUCGCAGAGGGGACGUCAGCAGGCGGUCAAGAGCAGCCAAGUUUAUCUUUUGCUGCGGAGGGAGCAUCGAAUAUAACAAAUCCCAACAGCACACCAACAACUGGAGACGAUGACCCAGCAGCUGAUGGUGCAGGGACGGUAGAGGGAAAACAAAAUGAAAAUAAAGAUGCCAAUCCGAAAGAAACACCAGUCGAAGCCACAGCCAUGAAAACUACAACGGCGACGACUGGCGAAAGUGACGGCAGCACCGCGGCCUCCCACACCACCUCCCCUCUUUUGCUUCUUCUCCUUGUUGCGUGUGCGGCUGCGGCUGCGGUGGUGGCCGCGUGA